AUGACAGUCAACGAAGUUUUACCAGCUAAUGUGAACAUUACCCACGACAACAACUGUUCGGAGUUUUGUGGAAAUGGACCUUGUGUCUAUCCUGAGGAACUUGGUCAAGGGAUCGUCUUCUGUGACGAGAAAAAGAUCCGAGGCCCGGGUAUCUCUGGGGAUGUCUGUUUCGCUCCACAGGAAGCCAUUUCUUCGUGUGAAGCUCUUCUUGGCGACCAGGUCAAGCGGAUACUGUUGUGGAUUCUGGCUGUUGUGUCUACUAUUGGUAAUCUAGGGGUACUGGGCUUUAGGUUAGUGUUUGAAAGAAAACUAAUCACAAAAAGUUAUCGGUUAUUCAUAACAAACCUCAGCAUAUCCGACAUAGUCAUGGGGGUGUAUCUGUUUAUCAUAGCAGGAAAUGACGUCUACUACCGAGAAGAUUACAUCAUGUAUGAGUCAGAAUGGCGUCACAGCUCUCUGUGUACAGCUGCUGGUUUCCUAGCAACACUUUCGUGUGAAACGUCAGCAUUGUUUGUGCUGCUCGUCACUCUGGAGAGGUAUUUGGUCAUUAGGUUCCCACUUGGUCCGUACAGGAUUAAACGUGUCAAAAAGUAUUUCGUACUUCUUGUGUCCUGGGUAGUCGGCGUCAUUUUGGCCGUUGUUCCUUUGGUAUAUCCAGGUUGGGCCUUGUAUUCCUCUAAUGGGAUGUGCCUUGGCCUACCAAUGAUAAGAAGCCAAGAAUCAGGAUGGGCGUAUUCUUUCGCAGUUUUCCUAGUGUUUAACUGCAUUUUAUUUAUUCUUAUAGCCAUUGGUCAGUUGGCCAUCUUUCUGGCUAUGUCCAGAGAAAAAACACAGCUUCAAAGUAGCGCCCACAGUUUAGCCAAGCGAAAACGUGAGAUCAUGGUCGCCAAAAACUUAUCCCUGGUUGUCAUGUCCAAUUUCCUCUGUUGGUUUCCUAUCUGCGUCAUUGGUCUAAUGACCGCGCGUGGUCACACGUUCAGUCAGCAGACGUACGGCUGGCUGGCUGUGUUUGUGCUGCCGCUAAACUCGGCCGUUAAUCCGAUUAUCUACACACUUCCGGUUGUGUUUCAAAAAUGGGAGGACUUCAAGAACUGGAGAGCAAGUCAAAGUUCUCGCCCGCAGAUAUAA